CCACCCAUCCGGGCCAGGCGGCGCGGGAGGCAGCGCCGGCGCCCGCCCCGACCCCCGCCGCGACCCCGCGCCCAGGCCGGCCCCACGAUGAUGAAGCGGCAGCUGCACCGCAUGCGGCAGCUGGCCCAGACGGGCAGCUUGGGACGCACUCCUGAGACUGCCGAGUUCCUGGGUGAGGACCUGCUGCAGGUGGAGCAGCGCCUGGAGCCCGCCAAGCGAGCAGCCCACAAUGUCCACAAACGGCUGCAGGCCUGUCUGCAGGGCCAGAGUGGGGCCGACAUGGACAAGCGGGUGAAGAAGCUUCCCCUCAUGGCCCUGUCUACCACCAUGGCCGAGAGCUUCAAGGAGCUGGACCCGGAUUCCAGCAUGGGGAAGGCCUUGGAGAUGAGCUGUGUCAUCCAGAACCAGCUGGCCCGCAUCCUGGCCGAGUUUGAGAUGACCCUGGAGAGGGAUGUCCUGCAGCCACUCAGCAGGCUGAGUGAGGAGGAGCUGCCAACCAUCCUGAAGCACAAGAAAAGCCUGCAGAAGCUGGUCUCUGACUGGAACACCCUCAAGAGCAGGCUCAGCCAGGCAGCCAAGAACUCAGGCAGCAGUCAAGGCCUCGGCGGCCCAGGCGGCCACGGCCACCCCACCACAGCCAACAAGGUGGAGACGCUCAAGGAGGAGGAGGAGGAGCUGAAGAGGAAGGUGGAGCAGUGCAAGGAUGAGUACUUGGCGGAUCUGUACCACUUUGCCACCAAGGAGGACUCAUAUGCCAACUACUUCAUUCAUCUCCUGGAGAUUCAGGCUGAUUAUCAUCGCAGGUCACUGUCUUCACUGGACACAGCCCUGGCUGAGCUGAGGGACAAUCACAGUCAAGCAGGUGGAGACAUGGCUGGCCAACCCCACACCCCCAACUGUGCCCUGCCCAGAGCCAACCCCUCCCCUUCGAUGACGGCCACCCCCUUCUCCAGGGUGUAUGGGGUGUCACUGGCAAGCCACCUGCAAGAGCUGGGCCGGGACAUUGCCCUGCCAAUUGAGGCCUGCGUCCUGAUGCUGCUCUCUGAGGGCAUGCAGGAAGAGGGCCUCUUCCGUCUGGCCGCUGGGGCCUCGGUGCUGAAGCGCCUCAAGCAGACGAUGGCCUCGGACCCCCGCGGCCUGGAGGCGUUCUGCUCAGACCCCCACGCCGUGGCAGGUGCCCUCAAGUCCUAUCUUCGGGAGCUGCCAGAGCCCCUGAUGACCUUUGACCUCUACGAUGACUGGAUGAGGGCAGCCAGCCUAAAGGAGCCUGCGGCCCGGCUGGAGGCCCUCCGAGAAGCCUGUCACCGCCUGCCCCAGGAGAACCUCAGCAACCUCAGGUACCUGAUGAAGUUCCUGGCACGGCUGGCCGAGGAGCAGGAGGUGAACAAGAUGACGCCCAGCAACAUCGCCAUCGUCCUGGGGCCCAACCUACUGUGGCCGCCUGAGAAGGAAGGGGACCAGGCCCAGCUGGACGCGGCCUCCGUGUCUUCCAUCCAGGUGGUGGGCGUGGUCGAGGCGCUGAUCCAGAACGCAGACACCCUCUUCCCUGGAGACAUCAACUUCAACGUGUCAGGCCUCUUCUCAGCCCUCGCCCCUCAGGACAAGGUCAGCGACAGGCCUGCGUCUGAGGAGCUGCCACCUGUUGCUGUGCCCACCCCAGCUGCCACCCUGGCCCCAGCCCCAGCUUCAGUGGCCCCCAAGGAAAGGACAGAGGCUGAGGCCCCACCCCGACCAGCCUCCCCCAAGGUCAACAGAAGCCCCCCAGAGACAGCUGCCCCAGCAGAGGACACGGCUCGGAGGACCAAGCGCCCGGCGCCAGCCAGGCCCACCAUGCCACCUCCACAGCUCUCUGCCACCCGCUCCUCCCCGCCAGCCCCGCCCGUGUCCCCUGGCUCCAGCAGCCCUGUGACACCCCGAGCUCUGCCCCGCCGUCUGGUGGGUAGCAGCCUCCGGGCCCCCACUGUGCCACCCCCGUUGCCCCCUGUCCCCCCUCAGCCAGCCCGGCGCCAGAGCCGGCGUUCACCACCCUCUCCUGGCCUGGCCUCCCCGGGGCCAGCCUCCCCUGACCCAGUCUCCAUGAGUCUGCCUGCACAGGUGGACCUGGGGGCCACCACAGGGGACAGAGGAGUCCCUGAGGCUGCAGCUGCGGCCCCCACUCCCCCAGCUGUGCCCCCUCAGCCCCGGCCCAGGGGCCUAGCCUCGGAGACCGAUUGAGCAGGCAGCUCCUCUCUGGCUAGCCCUCCGCGUCCCCUCCAUGUCCCCUCCCGCCUGGACCUCCCAGGACAGCCUUGCCCCUCCCAAGGAGUAGCAACCUCCAGCUUCCCCCCACAAGUGCCUUUGUGCCCACUGGGUCACCCCCACGGCCAGGAGGGCUCAGGACAGUCCUCCACGAAAUUGCCUUUUCCUUGUCCAGCCUGGACCACCCCGACUCCUCACUCUCUGGCAGGGUCCCAGGGAAGCCACCAGAAGGAAGGACAGGCUUGCCUGCUCAUGAGACUUAUUUUUCUCUUGCCAAUAUAUUUUUUAUAAGGCUGGUCAAUAAAUUAUUUUGGAUAAAACUGGA